AUGGGGAAGCCUGACAGCAAAGCCAUUUCGAUUUCCAUUGUCCAGAUCACCUUCUAUGAGCACAAGAACUUCUCUGGGCGUGAUUAUGAGUGCACCUGUGACUGUGCCGACCUGACUUGUCACCUGAAGUCCUGCAACUCCAUCCGGGUGGAGAGUGGCAGUUUCAUGAUCUAUGAAAAGCCCAACUACAGUGGUGACCAGUACUACCUGCGGAGAGGAGAUUAUCCUGACUUGGGUGACUGGAAGGGUGUCAUCGACUGUGUCAGCUCCUGUCGACUCAUUUCCAUGGAGUCUGGGUUGUUCAGCAUGCGCCUGUAUGAGCGCAUUGAGUUCGGAGGUCAGAUGAUGGACCUGGUGGAUGACUGUCCCAGCGUCACAGACCGUUUCCACUUGGACAACAUCUUCUCCUGCCACGUGUUCAAAGGCAACUGGCUCUUCUAUGAGCACCCAAACUUUCAGGGCAGGAUGUACCUGAUGAGGCCUGGAGAUUACAAGAGGUUCAGCGAGUGGGGCGGCAGGUCCGCAAGGGUCGGCUCCAUCAGACGUGUCAUGGACUAUUGAUUCUAUUUUGAAGAGCAAGCAGGUUUUGGACAUGCAGUGGCUUGGCUCAGGGGAAACAUUGACCAGUAAUACAGUCUGAUACCAACAUGGGAAAGAUCAUAUUUUACGAAACUUCCAAUGGCAUUCUCAUGAGUGCAGCAGCGACUGUGCAGAUCUUCACCCCUACUUCAACAGAUGUAAUUCCAUCAGGGUGGAGAAUGGCUGCUUCAUG